AGCUGACAGAUUGCAACCACUUGCAUUGCUCAACGGAAACUCAUUGCGAGAGGAGCUAGAUAUUAAUGAAUCAUAAAUUAUCAUCAACUAAAAUGCUGUUACUUAUGUUGAUCUGCAGCUUGACCCUGAGCUACGCUUCAGAACACUCCGGUGAAGGCCACUACGAAGGUGGAGGUGCAGGAGAUUAUCAUCAGCAACACCACGAAACACCUACCACAUACUCAGAAAUAUCGAAGCAUGUGCCGGUCCAUGUGAUUGAAAAAGUGCCACUUCCAAUUCCUCAUCCAGUGGCAGUUCAGGUACCCAAUGUGAUAAAACUCACAAUCCCCGAACCCUAUGCGGUGCAUGUGCCUGUCCAGCAGGAAAUACAAGUUCCCGUCUACAAAAUAGUACCCGAAAUAACGGAGCGCAAAAUACCAUACACCGUUGAAAAGCCAUACCCCGUGGAAAUUGAGAAACCUUAUCCAGUCGAAGUUAUUAAGCACAUUAAGAUACCAGUGCCAAAACCUUAUCCCGUGCCCUUUACUAUUUACAAGCAUGUCCUACACAAGCAACAUGGCUGGUAAAUUUUCAAAUUGGUGAGCAACAGCAUAAUGAUUUAUAUAGAAUUAGUUACGUUUAACAAGUAUUAAAUUCGUUGUAUUGUUAAAACAAA